CUUGACUUAGGGAAAAGAACACAACUCAUAGGAAAAAGAACCCCAUGUUUGUAAUACACUCCGCUGUUUGACAGUGGUGCUAGCCAUCAGCAAAAGGAUUUCUAUGGUCGUGAUUUGGGGGAUCAGUUAAAUGUAUUUGAGCUAUUGAGUUGAUUUUAAAACAGAAACAUUAAAUCUGAAGAAGAUGCAGGAUGACGCGCGCUACCUUAAACGCAAAGUUACUGCUGGCAGUUUAGAUGUCCAUCCCACAGAGAAGGCCCUUGUGGUCCACUAUGAGGUGGAAGCGUCUAUCCUGGGAGAGGGUGGAGGUCAUGUGCUGGGCGAACGAAAGGAGGGACAAAAAAUUAUCCGAGUGAAAAGUCUUUCUCCCAGCACAGAUGUGGGAGCUUUGGCCAGGAAAGUGGUGGAGGAGUGUAAACUCAUCCCUUCUUCCCGUUUGCCCCAGGUGGAGCAGCUCCUCUACUACUUGCAGAACAGGAAAUCAUCCCCUGUGGAGGGCAAAAAUGAGAAGAAAGAGAAAAGAACCGCAAAACCUAGGGAGCUGACUCCCUUUGAGGGAAUGGAGUUAAAUGAGGAAGCCAGUAUAACCAGAGUGGAUGAGUAUAUUGAGCUGCUCUAUGAAGGCAUCCCAGAGAAGAUCAGAGGCUCUGCUCUCAUUCUGCAGCUCGCCCGCAACCCUGAUAACCUGGAGGAGCUGCUACACAAUGAGGCAGCCUUAGGUGCUCUGGCCAGAGUAUUAAGGGAGGACUGGAAACAGAGUGUUGAGCUUGCUACCAUCAUCAUUUACAUCUUCUUCUGCUUCUCCAGUUUUGCCCAGUUUCACGGAGUGGUGAGUCAUUAUAAAAUAGGUGCGUUGUGUAUGAGCGUGGUGGAGCAUGAGCUGAAGAGACAUGAUGUGUGGCGUGAGGAGCUACGCAAGAAAAACAAGGCUUGUGAGUCAGCACCAGAGAAUGGCUCCCUAAGAAGAGACCAGGACAAAGCUGUGAGAAAAUACCAUGGCCUUCUGUCCAAACAGGAACAGCUUCUCAGAGUGUCUCUUUACCUCCUGUUGAACCUUGCUGAGGACACUAGGACGGAGCUGAAGAUGAGGAAUAAAAACAUUGUCGGUCUGCUUGUCAAAGUUCUUGAACGGGAUGAUGAGGAGCUGCUGGUCCUGGUGGUUUCCUUCCUCAAAAAACUGUCCAUCUUCCUGGAGAACAAGAAUGACAUGGCUGAGGUGGAUACUGUGGAACGAUUGGCACGCCUUGUUCCCUGUGACCAUGAAGACCUGUUGAACCUGACUCUGCGUCUUCUGCUCAACCUCUCCUUUGACUCUGGACUCAGAGCCAAGAUGGUGGAAGUUGGACUGUUACCUAAAUUAACUGCCUUGCUGGGUGAUGAGAACAAUCGUCAGGUAGCCAUGCGUAUCCUGUAUCACAUCAGCAUCGACGACCGUUUUAAGGGCAUGUUUGUUUACACUGACUGCAUACCUCAGCUAAUGCAAAUGCUGUAUGAGCACGGUGAGGAGGAAACUGAAGCUGAGCUCAUCUCCAUCUGCAUCAACCUGGCUGCAAACAAGAGGAAUGCACAACUUAUGUGUGAAGGAAACGGGAUGAAGAUGCUUAUGAAGAGAGCUCUGAAGAUGAAAGACUGCCUUCUGAUGAAGAUGAUCAGAAACAUCUCACAACAUGAUGGCCCAACCAAAUCAGUGUUCAUAGACUAUGUUGGUGACCUGGCAGCAGAGAUCCGUGCAGAGGAAGAGGAGGAGUGGGUUCUGGAGUGUCUGGGGACGCUGGCCAACCUCACCAUCCCUGACCUGGACUGGGAGUUGGUUCUGAAGGAGUACAACCUGGUACCCUACCUCAAAGACAGACUUAAACCAGGCUCAGCAGAGGAUGACCUUAUCCUGGAGGUGGUAAUAAUGAUUGGAACAGUUUCCAUGGAUGAUGCCUGUGCCGCCAUGUUGGCUAAAUCUGGCAUUAUUCCAGCCCUCAUCGAGCUACUGAAUGCCCAGCAGGAGGAUGAUGAGUUUGUGUGUCAGAUUGUCUACGUCUUCUACCAGAUGGUGUUUCACCAAGCUACGCGAGACGUCAUCAUCAAAGACACCCAGGCUCCAGCCUACCUCAUAGAUCUGAUGCAUGACAAGAAUGCUGAGAUCAGAAAAGUGUGUGACAACACCCUUGAUAUAAUUGCUGAGUACGAUGAAGAGUGGGGGAGGAAAAUUCAAUCAGAGAAGUUCCGUUUCCAUAACAACCAGUGGCUGGAGAUGGUCGAGAGUCGCCAAGCUGAUGAGUCUGAACCAUAUCUCUACGAUAAUGACAACGACAGGACUGAUCUAUUCUAUAGCGCAGAUGGAAUAACUCCAGCAGAUGGUUCAGUCAGCCCAGAUUUCUUCAAUGACCUACAGCCUCAAAAUGGAGACUUGCUCCAUGCAGGAGAUGGCAAUGAUGUCUUUGACCAGACCAGCUCAUCCCCUGGACGACCAGCUACUGCUUAUGGCUUCAGACCUGAUGAACAACCCUUCUACCAGUACUCAUAGACACACACACUCACUCACACAUCUUAGAUCAAUUACCCAUCCACCUUCUGCAUGUCCACUGUUACAUCUUUUGAUUUUAUUUUCAGUGCUAGAAUCCCCCAUGACUGAAGGCAUCGCAUUGGUAUAGUUACUAAAGCUUCGACUUUUAAUCCCAGGGACAACUUUUCACUGAACUAAAAGGUUCCUUCAGCCCAUUGUCUGCAUUUCCGUCGCCUUAGAGGCUAAAGACCCGUGAAGAGUGUGCAAAUUAGUCUGUUGAUGUA